AUGUUACAAAAUGCAAAAAGUAGUAAUAGCGUCAGGAACAGCGGCAGUAAUAAAAUCAGUGAGGGUGAAGAUGAUGGUACUGAUGAUAGUAAUACUGAUACUGGUAGUGGUAGCGGGGCUUUUCAACCAGUUAAACCUCGAUCUAUGGGAAAUUUAUCACCUGUGGCAUCAACGACAAAAAUGGAUGAAUCGUUGGUUGUGGCAGGACUUCAUACUGACGAAAUGGCCGUAGAUUCGUCCACUCCAACUACUACCACAAUUGAAAGACGCAAAAAGAAACCAUACAAAGAAUUAACUCUAGAAGAAAAAGUUCAGUUGAUUCGAUUAGCGGAAGAAAAUGCUGGAAUGAGUCAAGCUAAUAUUGCGGAACGUUAUUCAAUUGCUAAAAGUAAUGUUUGCCGAAUUUUGCAACGGAAACACGAAUAUCUUCGAGCAUAUGAAUGGGCCGGUUUUGCUGGAUCUCGAAAGCGUAAACUUCGUGGUGAUCCACAGCAGCAUCAUCAUCAUCAUCAUCAUCAUCAACAACAUCAACAAUCACGUGGAAGUGCCAAAAAUUUUAAUAAUUUUCAAACUUUAAAAAUGACAAAUGCGACAAAUUGUACUGUAUCCCGUAAUCAUCCAACAAAUUAUGUGGAAUUGACAACAUCAAAUGGUAAGGAACGGGCAACUAACGAUAAUCGUCUUGUUGUACCACAACGUCCUGCAACGAUUAUACAACGGGGUAAUAUCAUUUGUAUUUACUUCGAUAUUUUCCUUAGAUAA